CCGGAUGUCAUUACACGCUUUAAAGUAUCGAGGAGUAUAAGCAAGACCUAAGGUAAAGCCAUGGAAGCUGUCGCUCACUUUGUGAAUGACACCGUAGAAUUCUACAAAUGGAGCCUUACUAUAGCAGACAAGCGGGUAGAGAAAUGGCCGAUGAUGUCAUCUCCCUUCCCUACUCUGGCCAUCAGCUGCCUGUACCUGCUGUUCCUGUGGGCGGGGCCUAGAUACAUGCAGGACCGCCAGCCCUUUACGCUCAGGAGGACGCUCAUAGUGUACAACUUCAGCAUGGUGGUCCUCAACUUCUACAUCGCCAAAGAGCUCCUACUGGGCUCCAGAGCAGCGGGGUACAACUACCUCUGUCAGCCCGUCAACUAUUCCAACGAUGUCAAUGAAGUCAGGAUAGCAUCUGCUCUUUGGUGGUACUAUAUUUCCAAAGGAGUGGAGUUCCUGGAUACGGUCUUUUUUAUCCUGAGGAAGAAGUUCAAUCAGGUCAGCUUCCUCCAUGUCUACCACCACUGCACCAUGUUCAUCCUCUGGUGGAUUGGCAUCAAAUGGGUCCCCGGUGGACAGUCCUUUUUUGGUGCAACUAUCAACUCCUCCAUCCAUGUCCUUAUGUAUGGGUACUAUGGCCUGGCAGCCUUGGGACCCCACAUGCAGAAGUACCUCUGGUGGAAGAAAUACCUCACCAUUAUUCAGAUGAUCCAGUUCCAUGUGACCAUUGGCCACGCUGGACACUCACUUUACACGGGCUGUCCUUUCCCUGCCUGGAUGCAGUGGGCUUUGAUUGGCUAUGCUGUUACUUUCAUCAUCCUGUUCGCCAACUUCUACUACCACGCUUACCGUCGUAAACCAUUCUCCGCCCAGAAGGGAGGCAAGCCUGUCACUAACGGCAUUUCCAUGGCAACCAAUGGUCAUAGUAAGAUGGAGGAAGUGGUGGAUAAUGGAAAGAAGCUAAAGAAAGGAAGGGCAAAGAGGGAGUAAGGAAGGAAAUAGAGGCUGCCUUUCAACAAACAGGAGGACAGUUAUGUUGGGGGCCUCGGGAGAAGGGGUGGAAGGGGUCAAAGAGAAAUGUUCAAACAUCAGAAGAGUCUCCACCAUCCCUGCAAAAAAAAUAUAUGAAGAUAUGAUUUGUGAACAACCUACAAAGGUGAAAGGAUAGCAGUAUGUGUUUGCUGGUAUGUCUAU